UGUGAGCGGUGCGGCCGACGGGCACCGGGGCCGGGCUUGCGUGUCCCAAACCCCCCCCUCCAUCCACACCCUUCCCCAGUCCAACCAGCGGCUGGAGCUUUACAACGCGUUCACUGCCUGCGCCUCCCUUACGGCCACCGGCAGACCAUGCCAUCUCUAUGACGGUUGCUUGUUAAGCAAACCCUGCAUGCCAGAAGACUGUCCCUGGUGGAUCCAAGGGCUUUUGGGGACUCCAGCCUCUCCCCAGUUUUUCCGUGUGUGUGUGUUCCUCUAGAACUUUCAAAACUGUUUCUCCAAAGGGUUCUGCAGAAACUUAGACUGUUUUCUAAAGCAGAAGCACCCGAGUCCACAGCAGUAGUGAUGGGCAGCGUGCGAACCAACCGCUACAGCAUCGUGUCUUCGGAGGAGGACGGCAUGAAGCUGGCAACCAUGGCCGUUGCCAACGGCUUUGGGAAUGGCAAGAGUAAGGUACACACCAGACAGCAGUGCAGGAGCCGCUUUGUCAAGAAAGAUGGGCACUGCAACGUCCAGUUCAUUAACGUGGGGGAGAAGGGACAGCGAUACCUGGCAGAUAUCUUCACCACUUGUGUGGACAUCCGCUGGAGGUGGAUGUUAGUUAUCUUCUGCCUGACUUUCAUCCUCUCCUGGCUUUUUUUUGGCUGUGUGUUUUGGUUGAUUGCACUGUUGCAUGGGGAUCUGGAGAAUCAAGAGAACAGCAAACCUUGCGUCUCUCAAGUGAGCAGCUUCACCGCAGCCUUUCUAUUCUCCAUUGAGACCCAGACCACGAUUGGCUAUGGCUUCAGGUGUGUCACAGACGAGUGCCCCAUCGCAGUGUUCAUGGUGGUUUUCCAGUCUAUAGUAGGCUGCAUCAUUGAUGCCUUCAUCAUUGGUGCUGUCAUGGCAAAGAUGGCUAAGCCAAAAAAGAGAAACGAAACUCUAGUCUUCAGCCACAAUGCCGUGGUGGCCAUGAGAGAUGGGAAGCUGUGCCUGAUGUGGCGUGUUGGAAACCUGAGGAAAAGCCACUUGGUGGAGGCACACGUGCGAGCACAGCUCCUCAAAUCCAGGAUCACAUCAGAAGGGGAGUAUAUCCCCUUGGAUCAAAUAGACAUCAAUGUAGGCUUUGACAGCGGGAUAGACCGCAUAUUCCUGGUCUCCCCGAUUACAAUAGUGCAUGAAAUAGAUGAAGACAGUCCUUUGUAUGACUUGAGCAAACAAGACAUGGACAAUGCUGACUUUGAAAUUGUAGUAAUAUUAGAGGGCAUGGUGGAAGCUACUGCCAUGACUACCCAGUGCCGUAGCUCGUACCUGGCAAACGAAAUCCUCUGGGGCCACCGCUACGAGCCCGUACUCUUUGAAGAGAAAAACUACUACAAAGUGGACUACUCGAGGUUCCACAAAACAUACGAAGUGCCCAACACACCCAUCUGCAGUGCCAGAGACUUAGCAGAAAAGAAGUACAUCCUCUCUAACGCAAACUCCUUUUGCUACGAGAACGAAGUGGCCCUCACCAGCAAAGAGGAGGACGAGAUUGACACUGGGGUGCCUGAGAGCAUGAGCACAGACACCCACCCGGACAUGGACCACCACAACCAAGCCGGGGUGCCUCUAGAGCCACGGCCGCUACGGCGAGAGUCGGAAAUAUGACUGAUGGACUCUUCCUCUCUCUUUCGGUUGAAAGGAAAACCAAUACACCUACCGGUCAAAGGCACGUUGACCUGAGAAGUUGGCCCAGAACAGUUUGCAGACAACGGUACUGUUGAAGAGCGGUGUGAAGGCAAGCAGACCUGAGAAACCCGGGCUGGUUUUAGGGCUGUCCUCAGAGGAGGGACGACGGGAGAUGAACUCUAAACACAAAGCACUAAACAUGUCUAAGUAUGAACAGAAGGCACAUAUGUUGUAGAAUAAAUUAUGUAUAUAUUUUUUUACAAAACUUGAACUUGCAGGCAAGCUUUGGUUGGGUUAUUAUUAUUAUUUUUGUUUUCAACUUUUUCCAGAAUGCUUCUCUCUAGGGAACAAGAAUGUUUUUAAUGGCAUAACAAAGGCAAGAAUCUGCCUUAUUAUUAUUAUUAUAAUUAUUUUUAACGAGCUGCUGCUAACUACAUGAACACAAAUGGUUACUUUUUGUUGCAGUGUAGUUUUUUAUUUCUCUUUUCUCUUGUGUAACUUAAAAACUCAAACCAGAAUAAGUCAGUGUUGAACUUUUGGGGUUGAGAAGCUUCAGAGAGGCCGAUGUUGCCAGAAAGUCUAAACUCCUUUUGAGGCCAGUAGGUUGAGAGCUCGAAUCAAUUUCUCUCUUUCCAAUUACAUAAGGGGCAUUAUGUAGUGUCAGGCCAAUCAGUUGCCUCCAGCAAAAUUGUGAUUUUGGGGGGGGGAGAAUUUAAUUCUCUGUCUAAAGGAAAUAAAAUAUAUAUAUAUACACAUAGACAAAGUACUAUGUUAAAACUACCUAAAUGGAUACCAAAGAAAAUGCAGAGUUUUGCACAGUGGAGUUUAUU